AUGACGAUUUUGAUUGUUAUUUAUGUUAUGGCCUGGGCCCUUAGUGGAGGUCAAGCCUAUGCUGGUAAGUGGGACCGUUGUUUGCAUUCGAUCGGACGAAUCUAUUUAUAGAAAUGCUAUCCCUAAAAAUCGCUGUAAACUAUGAUGGAAAAACAGUACUGAGUCUCUGCGUUUUAGAAACUUCCAGUUGUUGCUUUAUAUUUUGUGUUUGGGUUGCCUGUGAUNCACGGUUUUCCAGGUUUGACUGUAAUAGGCCUAAAGCUUUAGUGAUUAUCAUCUUUCUUUUACAUUUUUGUUCACACAGAAUGACGAUUUUGAUUGUUAUUUAUGUUAUGGCCUGGGCCCUUAGUGGAGGUCAAGCCUAUGCUGGUAAGUGGGACCGUUGUUUGCAUUCGAUCGGACGAAUCUAUUUAUAGAAAUGCUAUCCCUAAAAAUCGCUGUAAACUAUGAUGGAAAAACAGUACUGAGUCUCUGCGUUUUAGAAACUUCCAGUUGUUGCUUUAUAUUUUGUGUUUGGGUUGCCUGUGAUAUAAUUUGCAUGUCUUAAGUACUCUUAAGGUAAGUCAAAGAGAUCUGGAUCUAUAUAAAUGAGGAUGGGCUCAUUUUUUGCGCCCAAGUUUACGCUCCCACGGCGUCUUAAUUGUUUUGUUUUUGCCUAGAGAACGCGGUAAAACCAGUCUGACUGGUAUUGAUACAGUAUAGUAAUUAGUCUACCUACAGCAAAGAUAAGCCCCGUCUUGGGACAGCUCAGGAUGGUUUUGGGAUAGCUAACAGUGGGGAUAGUCGAUGACAUCACUUCAUUACUAAAACCUAUCCCUUUAUCAAAAUUCAUAAGUGUCUAGUAAGUAGAUAGUCAUUUCUCUUCAAGUGUAAGAAUGUUUUGCAAAAGUACAGUUACUUGCAUAUAAAAAGAAAACAACUAUCCACUAAUUAUAAAUGAAGGAACGCAUUUUAACUUACCAAAAUAGUAUACAGGAAGACAAUUUUACCUAGGCACUUAAUUAACAUUUGAAAAGAAAUGACUAUCCACUUACUAGACACUUAUGAAUUUUGAUAAAGGGUUCGAUUUUAGUAAUGUGGUGACGUCAUCGACUCUCCUUACCAUUAGCUAUUCCAAAACAGGGCUUCGCCUAAUCAAAUUCAAUAGCGCGAGCUUGCUGCAUAUUCCCAUUGAGCACGCUGAUUACGUCAACAAACUAAUAACUGGAGUUCUUGUGAUCUUAGCAAUCCAUGGCCAGUCCCAAGUGCAUCUAUAACUCAACAGUACACGAGGAAACGUAUACAAAGUGUUUGGCAUUUACUUCGUGUACCGUACACAGAUGAAGUAAAACAGAGGAACAAAAACCAUGAAACAAUACCAAGUAGAUUAUUCCCUGAACAGAAUAAAGGCAUCUUUUGUUUUGUGUCAUCUGUGUCCGGUACACGAAGUAGAGAACCAAGUGUUUUAUAAUGUAAUCUAAAGACUAACGCUUUUGAAUUUGUUGGGGAGUGAGAUGAGUGUUGUUGUUGUUGUUGUCAUCUGCGCGAGCUAUUUUCGUGUGCAAAUCAUUCUUUGCGAAGGCUUUUUAAUUAAUUAGACUUUUUUGGUAAAUUAAUAGUUUUCCAUGUCAGUAUGGAUUCUAAAACCUUUUUUAAAUGUUAUCUUAAGCGACUUCUGUAAACUUUCCCUCUCUUUGAGGAAAAAAACAUUUGCAAUCAUAACUGAGUCAAAAACAACAAAUAGUCCAAUAGACAUUGAAAAUGUUAUAAAACAAUUGGUUCAUGCUUCAGUUAUGCGUAUGUUGGGAUAUAAAGUACUUGGGAAGUUUGGAGAGAACUCAAGAGACUAGAGUUGCUCUCGGCUGCGCCUUGAACAACUCUUACGCCUCUUUCAUGCUUUCCAAACUCCCCAAGUGCUUCAUGAUCAUAUCUCGACAUACGCACGCUGACUCAUGAAACAACUGUUAAGUGAUAUAUGCUGGAUGAUGCAUCGAAAGAUAUAUUCUCCCUUAUUUUAACAUUCAUGUCGAAAUGUUGAAACAAGCAACAGAUUAGUCCAUAACUCAAUUCCUAUAAGGUUUGAGACUGGUUGGAGGAAGCUCGAGCGCUGAAGGAAGAGUAGAAGUACUUCACAAUGGCGUCUGGGGAACCGUUUGUGAUGACUAUUGGGGUAUAAAUGACGCGAACGUUGUUUGUCGUGAACUUGGUUAUUUUUUUGCCAAAAGUGCCCUAAAGAUGGCUCAUUUUGGUCAGGGAGUAGGCCCAACUUGGUUGGACGAUGUCGCUUGCGUUGGAAGUGAAAGCUCCAUCAGCGACUGUUCGCAUGCAGGAUGGGGCGUAGAAAAUUGUGCUCACAGUGAAGACGCAUCCGUGAUUUGCUCUGGUAAGUUUAAUGAGGUUUGA